UAUUUAUUCAAAUAACUGAUGACUUGUAGAAUAUGUUUGAUAAGAAUGAAUAAUGAUACAGCAAAAAUAUAAAAAAAAAGAAAGUUAUACGUACAUAAUAUUUUUUCUUUGAUUAAUGAGACUUCAUAUCUAGCAAUGACAAAUAUUUCAUAUUACAAACAAUAUAAAGACGAAAAAGAAAUACAUCAUUCAAGUCGUCAUUAACAAUUGUUGAUAUAUAACAUAAUGAAUGAUGGUUCUACAGAUAAUAAUAUUUAUAUGUAUACAGAAAUUAAGCAAGAACAAAAAAAAAUAUUAACUGAUUAAUCUUUCUUAUUUACUCCUUUUUCUUUUUGUUUAUCAAGGAGAAAAUUUCUAUAAAUACAAUAACUAUUCAUACCUGAUUUGAUGAUCGACACACACAAAAGACAAAAUCAUGAUACUUUAGAUAGGAAUGAAAAAAACGUAGAUGAGAUAUUUUAUGCUGAUUAUAACGAAAUUAGAAGUAAAUAAGAAAACGUUCCUCCUCGAUUUUUCUUGUCCUUUAGAACAAACAUAUUGUAGCAUUUUUUAUUUCGCAUAUGUAUAGUCAAUCAUCCGAAACAUUUAUAUGCUCGUUCUGUCGAUUAUUAACUAUUCGUUUCUAUUAAUUGAAAAAAAGGUAUGCAAAUAUAUUAUCAGUUAGUCUACUAUCUUUUUUUGUCAAAUAAACCAAAUAAAAAAUACAUCAACUAAAAAACAAAAAAAGUCAAUGUCAGUAUGGAUUUAUUUGAUGCACCAUUCUAUUGGGGACGAAUAACUCGACAAGAUGCUGAAGAAAUUCUUGAACAAACAGGAUUAAAAAAAUGGUUUAUAUCUUAUACGAGAAAAAUUUGAAGAAGCCGGUGCUUAUGCUAUUACAUUAUGUUAUUUAAAACGAUUUUAUCAUUAUCGUAUUGAUCGUCUUUUAAAUGAUAAUGUUGUUCUUAAUGGAUCACGUGCUCAGGAAAAAUUUUCUCUAACAAAUAAUGAUAGUAGACUAAAUGGUCAGCGUCGAUCAGGAAAAGUUUCUGAACAAAUGGAAUUUCCUGGACCUAUGGAAUUAAUAAAUUAUUUUCAAAAAAAUGCCGAUGCACUUAUUACAACAUUAUCUAUUCCAUGUCAACGACCAUUUGAUCAUAAUUUUAUACAAUUUUGGUGUGUACCUUUACUUACAAGUGACUUGUAUAUGAGUAAAAUUUGUCAAGAAGCUUCAAGUACUGAUACUGAAAUACCAAUUAAAGAAAAAUUAACAUAUAAAAGAUAUAUUUAUGAACGACGAGUAUUAAAAGGUUUACAUGAAGGUGAACCAUGGUUUCAUUCUCGUAUUAGUCGACAAGAAGCAGAAAUUCGUUUGAAAAAUGCUGGUGGAAAAAGUGGCUUAUUUUUAGUACGUGAAAAACGAGGUGAUAAACGAUCUCGUGAAUAUUAUUCAUUGAGUCUAUGUUAUCAACGAGAAUAUCAUCAUUAUAUAAUUCAACAAACAGCAAAUGGUCGUUUACAAUUUGCAUCAGCUAAUAAAUCUAUGCGUAUCAAUCAAUUUGGUAGUAUUGUUCAACUCAUUGACUACUAUUAUCGAUAUCAACAAGAUCUUGCUUGUGCUCUUCGAUUUCCUUGUACUCGUCCUGGUGGAUCUGUUCGAAUUGUUCCUUAUCAAAGUUUAUUAGGAUUUGAUACAAAUACAGAUUCGGAGACUAGUGGUACAGAUUUAUGGUCUCCUAUGUCAACAGGAUCGAAUGGUCCAAUAAGUGUUGCAUCAUUUUUUGGUUUUGAUAUGCAGAAUCCUCCAUUAUCAUCUGAUCUAGAUAAUAAUCAUGAUUCAUCAUCACCAUCAAAAGAAAAUAUUUUUAUCGAUGAAAAAUAUCUUAUAUUCGGUGAUAAACUUGGUGAAGGUCAAUUUGGUGAAGUUUAUAGCGGUAAAUUAAUUGGAAAUGAUGAGAAUAAUAAUGGAAUAACGAAGCCAACAUUACAGCAUAUUGCUAUAAAACAACUACGACAUAGACAGGAUUCGUUUGUUCAAGAAUUAUAUAAUGAAGGUGAACGUAUGUUAAAUUUAGAUCAUCCAUAUAUUGUUAAAAUAUUUGGUAUAUGUAAACAUGAAGCGAGUAUAUCACUCAUACUUGAAUUAUGUCCAUAUGGUGCUAUGAAUCGUUGGUUAAGAUUAAAUAAAACCUUUCGAAUGAGUUAUAUUCUGAAUUAUAUGUAUCAAGUUAGUGAUGGGAUGAAAUAUUUACAUGAAAAAAAUAUAAUUCAUCGAGAUUUAGCAUUAAGAAAUAUACUUAUUAUGUCACAAAAUGUAUGUAAAAUAUCAGACUUUGGUUUAUCACGUGUUCUUGAAGAAAAUUCGUAUUAUCAAAUUGGACGAAAUCGUCGAUUACCUUCGAUGUGGUAUCCACCAGAAGUUCUUGAAACAUCUGUAUUUCAUUCUGAAAUUGAUAUUUGGUCAUUUGGUGUUACUAUUUGGGAAGCAACAUCUUAUGGUCAAACACCUUAUAGACAAGAACUUGAGGCAAUGACAAACGUGACAUUUGAUCCAAUAUCACAAAAAUUACUUCGAUUUUUACGAGAUGGCAAUCGUCUAAAACAGCCUACGAAUUGUCCAGAUCACAUCUAUGAUUUAAUGCUCAAGUGUUGGGAAUAUGAUAAACAUAAACGACCAAAAUUCGAUUGGAUAAGACAAUAUCUCAGUAUAUAUGCCACUUCUCAGCAACAUACUGAUCGUUUUUAA